GACCCAAGGGGUGUGACAGGGUUUUGGGGGUCUCCAGGCCCAGGAUUCCCAGGGAUUUUGGGGGGACGACACGGGACUCAACGGGAUCCGACUGUUCUGCAAAGGGGGGGACAGCGUCACCUCCGCUGUGGGGCCCUUCGGUACCUGGGGCCCCGUGGUGAGCUGUCCCCCCGGGGAGCACCUCAUGUCCUUCCAGCUGAGGGUGGAGGCCCCGCGGGGCCUCUGGGACGACACGGCCGCCAACGACCUGACCAUGAGGUGCUCGGGGGGAGCCGUGAGGGACUCCCGGACCCUCAUCUACCGGGGCUCCUGGGGGGGGUGGAGCGAACCCUGCCCCCCGCCCAUGGGCAUCUGCGGGCUCCGCACCCGCGUGGACCCUUCCCAGGACGACAUCGAUGACACCGGGCUCAACAACGUCGAGUUCGUCUGCUGCGAACCGUAGGAGCCCCAGACCCCCCCAGGCCUACCCCCCCCCCCCCCGAGCCCCCCAAGUCCCCAGGACGCCCCCAUUAAACUCGAGGAGGAAGGAGCCGCCGUCUCCUCGU